UGAGGAUUUAGCCGACAAAUGUCAGAGCGGAGUGUCCGUCGUUACCCUUCGACCUCGUGGAGAUCCUUCGAUGGACUGGCGAAACGAGGAGUCGGAUCACUCGAGCGGUACGUAUCGGGGCAAGAAGAUGCUCCUCGUGAGCCGCCGAGUAACGACUAUGUGAGCUUCCUUUCUGCCCGGAUAGUUGAGAACCUAAAAUGGGAUGAGAACGACACCGCGACCAGGAAGAAGGACACCCCCACCUUGAACCGCAACGUUCGGUCCCAGGGAGUCCAAGUUGGAGUCGGAGCUUGCAAGGACAUCGGAAACUUCACGUGCGCCUUGGAGAAUCUGGAGCUCGAGAGCGAGGAAGACCAAAAUCACACGAGAUUUAAGUCGAACGAUGCACAGACGAAUUACUUCAACGUCUCGAAACAGGAAGAGACCGCUCCGGUUUUCAAGACUUGGGAGAAAUCUACCUUUCAAUUGGUGCUACAGGGACCGGAUAUCCUGAAUUUCCAGGGUACAAGACAUUCUCCCGCGGAUAUCGCGCCCUAUUGGAAGAAGGACUGUAGGAUGUGGCUAUGGAAGUCGGUGAGGCUCGCGAGGAAGAUAAGAAGGACUAAAGCGAAGGCUGUCCCUCCUUUGCAUCGCAAGGAGCUUUUAUAGCGUACACUUUUACUCGCCAAUGGAGGAGAAUCCUCGGAUUUUUUUUCGAGAAGGAAUCCUGAUUUUAUUUCUUUUUUUACGAAAGUGUUUUAAUUUUGUGCGAAUCGUUUUUAAACAAUAGAUGUUCUUAAUAGAUCAUUUUUAAUUUUCUUGCUAAAAUGAACUUUCUUUUUUA